AGCAAAUACCCAAAGGUUGUUUCUGAGUCAACACACAGAACAGAAACGCCCUCUACAGCAAAUGGGCUCCUGAGAGGAAGAAGUCAUUUCCGGUGAAGAGAGUCGAAUAUUUCCGGGUUGUACAGCAACAUGGCGGCGCCCUUAGGUCUGCACCUGGAGUUUGGAGGAGGGGCUGAACUUCUCUUUGAUGGGGUCAAGAAUCAUCAUGUGACACUCCCUGGCCAAUCAGAUCCCUGUUCAGGAUUGUGGGCUAGCCAAGCUGCAAGGUACAACGAUCGUUACACAACUGAAGAGGCUGACAGCGAUCCAAUUAACCUGAAACAGCCUCUGAUGCUCGACCCCUGCCUCUCGCUGAGAGGCACGCCACACUCUUACAAGCGCACACACUUGCACGUAUUGGUGCUGACAUCUCUGAACGCUUCAGUUCUGGUGGAAACUUGCCCAUUCGAGAGUAUUGUAUAGACCUGCACUCCUGCACCCACUUACUAAUUUCUCCUGGUCUAAUUACACACGCUUGCAUAGCCAGUUAGCUGUAGCACAACUUUGGAAGCAACUACAUCUACUAGUCAUCAUUUUUCCUCAAACUCAUCAAGGGUUUCCCAGCCUCCCUUCACGGGUUCUCUGGUUCUAGUCACCAUCGCCCAUCUGAGACGUAAAUGUCCAUCCCUGCGGCUCGAAUUGAGAUUGAGGUGCCAGUAAAAUCUACCACCACAUGAAGAGUGCGAGAGGACGGUGUUCAGUGUUAAAUGUUGCCAAACGCCUCAGUUAAUGGAACUCCUUUUAAAAAAAAAACUUCCCUUAAGGGAUUUACAGCCGAGAUAUAUGCUGACAUAUAUGCUGACACGCAUAAGAACGCCUACACAUUGCCAGCUAUCCUGUAAUGCCCCUUCAGAUAUGUCCUAGGAUUAUAUAAAAUGAAAUUGCAUUAGACGUCUUGUGGUAAUGUUUUCAUCCUAUUUAUUCCAACAAUUCACGUAAGUUCUAAAUGUUGUUGUGGAUGUUUAUUCACACAUGGAUUAAACAUAUGCACAGGAUUAUAUAAUGCAGAACUGGGAUCAGCAGCAGUAUGGAUUUUUAUUUUUUAUUUCUUGUGCAGGUGAGUCCAUGCAUGUGUUCGGAUAGGGUAGACAGAGCAGUAGCUAUUUUUGAUGUUUUCCAAAGCACCGUCUCUGAUGUCACAUUUCCAAUAAGUGUAAUGGCCUUUCUUACAGAAGAUGUUCAAGAAUACAAAAUACGCUAAGUGUGCGAUUUGCGUGCUCAGCCUUAACAAUGUCAACCACAGCAAACUCGCAAACAAUAAAUUCAGACUCCACCCCAGAUCAAAUUAAAACAUCUCCAUCUCUUCCCUUUUCUUUUUUCUCCCCCGCCCUCCUUACUCUUUCUCCGUCUUUGUCUCCACCACCCCUCUAAGCAGAAAACUGGUACGUUCCAGAAAUGGACGCUGAUGAUACAAUGUAAAUGUUGGACAUACCGUUUUGUCCUCCAUGUUGGACGACUAGACUUCAUUGCUUACACACAUGUGCAGAAAUAAAACAGUUAUCCAAUUCAAUUAGUGCAAUAACAGUCAGUAGCUUUGAUUGGAUAAUAUUUGCAUGGCAUGGCAAGCAAAAAUGUAGAAAAUUUCACGCAGACUUUUUAUCAUAGGUUUACAAUGAUCGUCUGCCUAAGCACAUUUUGUUUUCAUUGGGGUGGGGGGGUGGGGGGUGCUAGACAUCCUAGAUUUCAUUUGAAUUCACAUAGGACUGCUGGGUUUAUGUCCAUCAAUCACCCCCCCCCCCCCACCUCCAUAGAUAUUUGGCUUUUCAACGCUAUCCUUAUAACCUGCCUAUUCCAGUCACGUUUAUCUGGUCGGUGCUUUUGGGCUGAUAUGGCUUCAGUCGAUGGCGUUUACGAAUCUGAAUUUAAACACCAUCACUGCUAUGUUUUCAGUGGCAUGCUCAAAAAUGACAGUGGGUGAGUCUAUUCUUGAUAUACCUCCUUCAAACCUCCCCCCACCUUGCAUUCGAAGCUCUGUCGCGUCACAUCGACCAUGGGGCUGGCUCACUAAACUCUGACCUGUGACCCUUGACCUCUGUGGUACUC